AUGGCGGUGCCAUUCAUUAACCGGCCACGUGUGGUCAUGAUGCAGCAACAAGAGAUCAACGCCGUCCGCCAGAAGAUCGACUCUCUGACCAUUUUGACCGACGAAAACAAAGGAAUUGUGACGCCCAAGAAGCUGGUCAGAUGGCCGUGCAGACGUGCUGAAGGAGCUCUACGACGCAGGGAAGCUCAAACUAGUGUGUGUCGACGAGGUACGCCUUUCCGCCUUGCCUCUGUCUGUGUGUGCGUGGGGUGCAUUGUCUUGCGUGUGUGUUGUUGCUGUAUAUGUGUGCAGGCCCAUUGUGUAUGUCAGUGGGGGAGGGAGUUCAGGGACGACUAUCGCAAGUUGGGUCUAUCAAGAAGAUGGCCCCCAAGACGCCGAUGCUCGCCCGUCUGCUGUGCUGCUUCGAUCGAUUUUAUGAGGGUGAGCAGGUCAAGUCCCAUUUCAUGGUAGCGCCGCUACUAGCGCGUGUGUUUGAUUUCGUCUGUCCUGCUGCGACCAGCACCCCGGUGGUCAUCCCUGGCACCCCGCUGUCGCGCCUGAGCCCGCCCACCAGCCGUACGACCCACACACACCGAUACACACACCGAUACACACGAUUGGGCAACGACUGACUUUGUCACUGUGUCUGCUCCAAUGAUAUCAGCGAACCGAUGGCCGGGGGAGUUCGCCAUGGACGACGCGCUGGAGGCCGCCAACGCCCGCAUGCUGCCGCUGCCGCCCGGCUGGCAGCCGCCCCCCACCCCUCCCGGACUCGCCGCACUGUGCGACCGGGAGCGGCAGCGGCACUACGAGCAGUUCGAGGAGGGAGCCGGCCCCGCCCCCAUAUACCGUCCAGCCACCACCGCACCUCGAUGCCGUCCAAGGCAAGCCCAUGCCGCCGUCGCCCACGGCCACAUACCCUCCUCCCGCCCAGCCGGUGGGGGUGGAGUGGGAGCGGGUGGCGUGGGAGGCGGUGGAGUUCACCUUUACCGCCCCCCACGGCGAGGUCGCAGUGCAGGGGGGCUGGGUGGUGCGGGAGGGCAGCGGCUGGGGCAGCUGGAGGGAGCUCCUCUUCCUGCCGGCGGCGGUGGCGCAGCGGCACAGAGUGUCGCAGUGGGUGCGGUUGGCGGAGGUGUCGGGGUGGCGGCGAUACUUUGCCUGCUGCUCACAGCCCCGGCUGUGAGCAGCACCCACCUCACCCUCACUCACAGAUGCCUAAGGAGGGGCGGGGGGGCAGUCACCGAUUUUUUUUUUUCCGAGUCACCACCACCGUCUGUCCGCCCGUCUGCUGUGUCUGCUGCGUCUGCUUCGACGAUUACACAUAGGUCAAGUCCCAUUUCAUUUUAGCGCGAGUGUUGUAUUUCGUCUGUCCUGCUGCUAAUAUGUGUAACUGUGGUGUGUUUUUGGGUUCAUGAUGGCCUGGCUGGUCUUAUGUGUAUUAUGGCUUUUUUCUUGGGUGGGCGUCCGUAUCUUUUUUGCACCCACAGAGCAGUCUCUCACACACCCACACACGCACAGCCCCUCCC